AUGGGCAGCGAGCAGAGCUCGGAGGCCGAGAGCCGACCCAACGAUCUGAACUCCUCAGUGACUCCUUCUCCAGCUAAGCACAGAGCCAAGAUGGAUGACAUUGUGGUUGUGGCUCAGGGCUCCCAGGCCUCGCGGAACGUCAGCAAUGAUCCUGAUGUCAUCAAGUUGCAAGAGAUUCCAACCUUCCAACCUCUUUUGAAAGGGCUAUUGAGUGGCCAGACUUCCCCAACAAAUGCCAAAUUGGAGAAAUUGGAUUCUCAGCAGGUGUUGCAGCUCUGCCUCCGAUAUCAGGAUCACCUCCAUCAGUGUGCAGAGGCUGUUGCUUUUGAUCAGAAUGCUUUGGUUAAGCGGAUCAAAGAGAUGGACCUUUCGGUAGAAACUCUCUUCAGCUUCAUGCAAGAGCGCCAGAAAAGGUAUGCCAAGUACGCGGAGCAGAUCCAGAAAGUCAACGAGAUGUCCGCCAUCCUCCGCCGCAUCCAGAUGGGCAUCGACCAGACUGUGCCCCUGAUGGAGAGGCUCAACAGCAUGCUGCCCGAGGGCGAGCGGCUGGAGCCCUUCAGCAUGAAGCCGGACCGGGAGCUCCGGCCGUAG